GUUGAGAUAGAGCAGUCUUCAACACCGGUAAGUAACGUUUGACGCCACCCUCUGGAGACGAGCGAGCAGUCUGCCUGGCAGUCCUUGCCCGGACUCCGUCGUCAUCUUUCCCCGCUCCACUCCAUGCUUCAAGGGAUAGAUCGAACCGAGUGAAGCUGACAGCAACCAGCAACCAUGGCAGCAGACCGUCUCAACAACAUCCUCAGCCACCUAAAGCCGUCUGGAACGAGCGGACUAUCCGCCAUCACCCAGAAGAACCCAGACGAUGUGGUCAUCACGCUCGCUCUGCGGACGCCACUGACCAAGGCCGUGAAGGGCGGCUUCAAAGAUACAGAGCUAGACUAUCUGAUCUACGCGCUUUUGAAAGAAGUGCUAGCCAAAUCGAAGAUCGAUCCCAGUGUGAUCGAGGACGUGUGCUUGGGGAAUGUCAACGACGGCAAAGCCGCCUACCUAGUACGAGCAGCCUCCCUAGCAGCAGGCAUCCCCCACACAGCCGGCGGCUCCAGCGUGAACCGAUUCUGCUCCUCGGGCCUAAAAGCAGUACAAGACAUCGCGAACCAGAUCCAACUGGGGGCAAUCGACGUGGGUGUCGCCGUGGGCGCGGAGCUAAUGUCCGCGCCGUCAGGCGACCGGAUCCCGAAACCCUUCAACGCGGAAGUGCUCCGCAACCGCGAAGCAGCCGACUGCAUGCAGCCGAUGGGACAAACCUCGGAAAACGUGGGCGCAGACUUCAACAUCUCGCGCGAGGAGCAAGACGCCUACGCCGCGGAGUCCUUCCGACGGGCGGAGGCCGCGCAGAAGGCCGGGUGGUUUGACGAGGAGAUCGUGCCCAUCACUACUACCAUCAAGGAUCCCAAGACCGGGGAGACGCGCACGGUUACCCUGACCAGAGACGAAGGCGUGCGGUAUGGGACCACCAAGGAAGCGUUGGCCCAGAUUCGACCUGCGUUUCCGCAGUUCGGGAAUCGGAGUACCGGUGGCAAUUCGAGCCAGGUUACUGAUGGUGCCGCGGCCGUCUUGCUUAUGCGUCGGUCCAAGGCUGUGGAGCUGAAUCAGCCGAUUCUGGCGAAAUUCUGCGGCGCUACGGUGGCGGGUGUGCCGCCGCGCGUGAUGGGCAUUGGGCCUACGGCGGCGAUUCCGAAGUUGCUGGCGCAGUUUGGGCUGCGGAAGGAGGAGAUUGAGUUGUUUGAGAUUAAUGAGGCGUUUGCGUCCAUGGCUGUCUAUUGUCUGCGGAACCUGGGGCUCGAUCAUGAGAAGGUUAAUCCUCGGGGUGGUGCUAUUGCGUUGGGCCAUCCGCUCGGCGCGACGGGCACCCGCCAGAUCUGUACGAUUCUGAGCGAGGCGCGCCGCACUAAGAAGAAGGUUCUGGUGACGAGUAUGUGUAUUGGGACGGGCCAGGGGAUGGCGGGGUUGUUUGUGAACGAGCAGGUUUGAAUGUAGCUCCAAUUUGACUGUGGUAUUAUCGUCAUGAGACAUAGCGUUAUAUCAGGCUGACAAAGAAGAUUCAAG